CCUCCCCACUUCACUGCCUGUCGAAGUCCCAAGAGCCACGACCAUGGGGUCCGACGGCCGGAAGUUCCCCCCGAUUGCCGAAUUCACGCAGCGCCACGGUCCCUUGGCUACUGUCGCGGCCGAUCUCGACGGUACCCUUCUCGCGUCCUCUUCUUCGUUCCCCUACUUUCUUCUGCUCUCCUAUACCGCCGGCGGCAUCCUCCGCUCCCUCCUCCUCGUCCUCUGCGCGCCGCUCAUCUUCGCCCUCUACAAGCUCGUCUCCGAAUCCGCCGCCAUCCGCCUCCUCAUCUUCGUCUCCGUUUCCGGCCUUCACCUCGGCGACGUCACCGCCGCCUCGGCCUCAAUCCUGCCGGAGCUCUACGCCGCGAACGUUCGGUCGGACGCGUGGGAGCUCUUCGACUCGUGCUCGGAGAGGCGGGUCGUGGUCACGGCCAACCCCCGGAUCAUGGUGGAGCCCUUCGCGAUAGACUGCCUGGGCGCGCACGCUGUGCUAGGCACAGAGCUCGAGGUCGGGCGGGCGGGCAGGUUGACGGGGUUCCUCACCGGCGACGGAGUCCUCGUCGGCAAGUUGAAGCGGCAGGCGGUGCUCCGGGAGUUCGAGAAGGAUCCGCCGGAUGUUGGAUUGGGGGAUCGGACCUCCGAUCAUGAUUUCAUGGCCCUCUGUAAGGAGGCUUACAUGGUGCCAUCGUUUAAGAAAGGAUCAAGCCGUGAAGCUCGUGUUAACCGAAUCACCGUACCAUGGACGAAGAAGAGGAAGAAGGAAGAGGAGCACCAAAGUGGACAAUCUCCAAGAGACCUUCCCUUCGUGCUAAGUUUUCUUAUUAAGAUGUCUCUCCCCAAAUAGACACCCCCACGAAUGUACUAUCUGUUUUACUGCUUGAUCUGCUUUUCGA